UUCUCCAAAAGGGAAGGAUCACCGCAGAUCUCCCAUUCUCUCCCACCUCCCCCCCCCCCCAGUCACAUACACCUUUUCCCAAGGAGGGGCUUUGGCAGCCUGCGGCAACCCCCUUGGUCGCCACCAUGACCCCCCAGGGGGAUAAUGUCUGAGUCCCUGUGGACGGCGCUCUCCAAUUUCUCUAUGCCCGAUUUCCUUGACUGCAGCAUGUUUCGUCGCACCAAAAGCUGCCGAACCAGUAACAGGAAGUCUCUCAUCCUGACGAGUACGUCGCCGACGCUGCCACGACCUCAUUCUCCACUUCCCGGUCAUAUCGGUAGCAGCCCUCUCGACAGCCCUCGGAAUUUUUCCCCAAAUACGCCAGCCCAUUUUUCCUUCGCCUCUUCCCGCAGGGCAGACGGUCGGCGCUGGUCUUUGGCUUCCCUGCCGUCGUCCGGAUAUGGAACCAACACUCCCAGUUCCACUGUCUCGUCCUCCUGCUCUUCCCAAGAGCGCCUUCACCAGCUGCCUUAUCAGCCCACUGUGGAUGAGCUGCAUUUCCUGUCCAAGCAUUUUGGGAGCACAGAGAGCAUCACUGAUGAUGAUGGGGGCCGGCGGUCCCCGGCAGUGCGGCCCCGCUCCCGGAGCCUCAGCCCGGGCCGGUCUCCCUCUUCCCAUGACAAUGAGAUAGUGAUGAUGAAUCAUGUUUACAAGGAACGAUUUCCCAAGGCCACGGCUCAAAUGGAAGAGAAGCUGAAAGACUUCACCAAGACCUACGAGCCAGACAGUGUGUUGCCUUUGGCCGACGGGGCCCUCAGUUUUAUACAUCACCAGGUCAUUGAGUUGGCCCGAGACUGUUUGGCCAAGUCUCAGGAAGGCCUCAUCACCACUGUCUAUUUCUACGAGCUGCAGGAGAACAUGGAGAAGCUCCUGAAAAGAGCCUACGAACGAUCCGAGAGCGAGGAGGUGACCUUUGUCACUCAACUGGUGAAGAAGCUGCUGAUUAUCAUCUCCCGUCCAGCUCGGCUACUCGAGUGCCUGGAGUUCAACCCUGAGGAGUUUUACCAUUUGUUGGAAGCCGCUGAGGACCACGCCAAAGAGGGACACCUGGUGAAAACGGACAUUCCCCGCUACAUCAUCAGCCAGCUGGGCCUCACCCGAGACCCUUUCCCAGAUGUCCUGUAUGUGGAGGAGAACGAUAGCGGAGGAUCCAACACUCCAGAGACAGAGGAAUUCACGGAGAGCCGAGGGACAGCUCCGAAGCCGAAGAAGCCACCUGGAGAAGGGGACUUUGAAACCAUUAAAUUAAUCAGCAAUGGGGCAUAUGGAGCCGUGUACCUCGUGCGGCACAAAGAGACCCGCCAGCGCUUUGCCAUGAAGAAGAUUAACAAGCAGAAUCUCAUUCUGCGGAACCAGAUCCAGCAGGCCUUUGUGGAGCGGGAUAUCCUGACGUUUGCUGAGAACCCUUUUGUGGUCAGCAUGUUCUGCUCUUUUGAGACCAAGCGCUACCUCUGUAUGGUCAUGGAGUACGUCGAAGGUGGGGAUUGUGCCACGCUGCUGAAGAAUAUUGGGGCCCUUCCUGUCGAGAUGGCCCGCAUGUACUUUGCUGAGACCGUCCUUGCCUUGGAGUAUUUACAUAACUAUGGGAUCGUUCAUCGGGACCUGAAGCCAGACAACCUCCUCAUCACUUCCAUGGGACACAUCAAGCUGACAGACUUCGGUCUCUCCAAGAUGGGUCUCAUGAGCCUCACGACCAACCUCUAUGAAGGCCACAUUGAAAAGGACGCCCGGGAGUUCCUGGAUAAACAGGUUUGUGGCACUCCGGAGUACAUUGCCCCUGAAGUAAUCCUUCGCCAAGGCUACGGGAAGCCGGUGGAUUGGUGGGCGAUGGGCAUCAUCCUAUACGAAUUCCUGGUGGGCUGCGUACCCUUUUUCGGAGACACGCCCGAAGAACUGUUUGGCCAAGUCAUCACCGAUGACAUCCUGUGGCCGGAAGGCGAAGAGGCACUUCCUGCUGAUUCCCAACAUCUCAUCUCCUGCCUCCUGCAGACCAGCCCCCUUCUGCGUCUGGGUGCAGGUGGAGCCUUUGAAGUGAAACAGCACUCCUUCUUCAAAGAUCUCGAUUGGAACGGGCUGCUGAGACAGAAGGCCGAGUUCAUCCCCCACCUGGAGUCGGAGGAAGAUACCAGCUACUUUGACACCCGCUCUGACCGCUACCACCACACCACCUCCUACGAUGACGAGGACACCACAGAAGAUGAACCGGUGGAGAUCCGGCAGUUCUCAUCUUGCUCUCCCCGAUUCAGCAAGGUGUACAGCAGUAUGGAGCACCUGUCCCAACAUGAGCAGAAGGCGCCCGUGGUCACAAAGCGAGACCAGAGCAACAAGCACAAGGACGAGAAGAUGGGGAAGCGAGAGAGCUUGGGCAGCUUCACGCUUCGGGACAAAAGCUGGCGCACGAACUCGCCGGAGAUGAAACGCCUCUCUGCCUCCGAGUCGUCCUACCCGGAGAGCGACUCCAGCCCCCCUCUUGGCGCACGGCGGCGCUUCUCCGCCUUGAUGGACACCAACCGCUUUGCUGUGCCCCUGGAAACGGAUAGUGAGACGCUGGCCAAGGGGCCCGUGAAGGCUCCUGCCGAAAAUGUGGCUUCAGGGGCCACCCUGCAGGCCGAAAACAAGGAGAGCAAGGAAGGAGCGACUGCCAAUCUGGGGCAGGGUCCUGUCGCUGGGGAGGUUGAGGCAGGCAAUAAAUCAAAAGCGGGUGAGCUGCAGCCCCCAAAGGAGCUGGACCCAUCAGCCCCCAAAGCUACCAAUGACUUGGUGCUGCGUCGGGCCCGGCACCAACAGUUCUCAGGGGACUCUACGGCUGAGAAGCGCAGCCCCCGCACUGGGGGCAAGGUCAUCAAAUCCGCCUCAGCUACUGCGCUGUCCGUCAUUAUCCCCACAGUGGAACAGCACAGCAGCUCUCCGCUGGCUAGCCCCAUGUCUCCCCGGUCACUUUCCUCCAACCCGUCCUCUCGAGAUUCCUCACCGUCCCGAGACUAUUCGCCAGCGGUCACCAGCCUUCGCUCGCCCAUCACCAUCCAGCGCUCUGGGAAGAAGUAUGGCUUCACGCUGCGCGCCAUCCGAGUGUACAUGGGGGACAGUGACGUCUACAGCGUGCAUCAUAUUGUCUGGCACGUGGAGGAAGGCGGUCCGGCUCACGAGGCGGGUCUGUGCGCAGGGGACCUCAUCACCCACGUCAACGGCGAGCCCGUGCACGGGCUGGUGCACACAGAAGUGGUGGAACUCAUCCUGAAGAGCGGGAAUAAGGUGCUGGUGACCACCACCCCCUUUGAGAACACCUCCAUCCGGAUCGGGCCGGCCCGCAAGAGCAGCUACAAGUCCAAGAUGGCCAGGCGGAACAAGAGGAGUGCCAGCAAAGAAGGACAGGAGAGCAAGAAGCGCAGCUCCUUGUUCCGCAAGAUCACCAAGCAGUCGAACUUGCUGCACACCAGCCGCAGUUUGUCAUCACUGAACCGCUCGUUGUCCUCCAGCGACAGUCUGCCGGGCUCGCCCACCCACGGCUUGGGUGCCCGCUCGCCCACCCAGAGCCUGCGCUCCACUCCUGACUCUGCCUAUCUCGGUGCUUCUUCGCAGAGCAGCUCCCCUGCCUCCAGCACCCCCAACUCGCCGGCCACGUCGUCGCACCACAUGCGCCCCAGCACUCUACACGGCCUCUCCCCAAAGCUGCACCGGCAGUACCGCUCUGCCCGCUGCAAGUCAGCCGGGAACAUCCCUCUCUCCCCUCUGGCGCACACCCCCUCCCCUACGCAGUCCUCACCGCCACCCCUGCCCGGCCACACCGUGGGCAGCUCCAACACCACCCAGAGCUUCCCGGCCAAGCUGCACUCCUCGCCACCCGUGGUGCGGCCCCGCCCCAAGAGCGCCGAGCCCCCUCGCUCGCCCCUCCUGAAGCGGGUGCAGUCGGCAGAGAAGCUCGGCUCCCCGCUGGGCUCGGAGAAGAAGGUGGUGGUGCGGAAGCACAGCCUGGAGGUGGUGCACUCGGAAUACCGCAAAGACUUCUACGGCGAGCCCGGCCUCCACAGCCUGGCUGAGUCGGAUGGGGAGAGCCCCAGCGAGUCCGGCGCUCCCAAGCCGCUGGCCACCCGGCGCCUCGGCCGGCAGGAAUCCCCGCUGAAUUUCGGGGCGGCCGAAGGGGACAUCAUCAUGGAGACCAGCAGCAAAGCUAGGGGGUCGGAAGCUCUGCUCGGAGACUGCCGAAGGAGCCAAGCUGUGCAAACGGAGGAGGCGUUUGCAGGAGCAAAUCGGACCCUCGCGAAAGCCCUGAGCCCCGUUCAGGAGCACGAGCAAGGCCGGAAGGGCAGUGUCGAGGCUGAAGUGGCCCCACGGGGGCCCGUCCCGAUCGUCCUGGAGCCCAAGGAGAGCCAGGAGUGCGGUCCGCCGGGUGAGCUUGCCUUGGACCCUUCCCAAGACAAGGCCGGGUCCCCCAAGGAGAAGUGGAUCUUGGAGGUGGUGGAAGAGCACACCACCCUGGGGAUCUGCGCCAAGACCCCCAGCUGCCUGUGCCCGGAGGGGACCAAGAACGGACUGAAGCGGACCUCGCCGGAGGUGAAGGGGAAGCGGGGCAAAGAAGAGGUGCCUGUGUUGGGGUCAGGGGGCAAAUGUGCCGGAGACGCCCCCCGGCCCUCGCCCCCUGCGCUGGAAAAAAAGGGGGCCGCGCACUGAAGGAUCGGGGGGUCGCCUUUCUAAUCGUACCAGCCGCCCGCACUGCAUCCCUCAAACCCCUUCCGACUCUUUGCCUUCCAGCUCAGUGCUCGUAGGGUUGCCCUGGGCCACGUGGUUUGCGCUGGAAGGCUCGGCCUUGACCGAUUUGUACAUACGAAGAGCAGAGGCAGUAACACCCCCUCCCUCCCCCCCACACACUCACACAAACAUCCCCUCCCAUAGCCAUCUCCCUGUGAAUGGCAUGUCCUGUGUUAGGCCUUGUAAAGUACCUAUACAUAUCUCUCUAUAUAUAUAUUAUAUUAUAUUAUUUAUAUAAAUAUAAAUAUAUAUAUAUAUUAUAUAUAUAUAUAUGAACAAGACUAUGCUAUACAUGAAAAGGUUAAUACUGUGAUCACUCCCCCCCCCCCUUCCCACCGAUUAUUCAGGGUCCUCGUUCAAGGGAAUGGAUCCGUAGGAAAACAAUAUUAAGCGUUUAGAAGAUGUUUAGAAAACCUAAGGUUGGACGGAGAAGAUUUUUAACUUCGCAAACGUGCAAAAACCAACAUCCCGUUCUUCUCGCAUCGGGAUCUUGGCGUGCAAAGCCGGCCGUGCCCAGCUCUUCGGGUGAAUUUAUUGUGGAUUCAUUGGGCUUUUGGCGCGGCAGAGUGCCCCGGGGCCGAGGCAGCAUCACUAUGUAGGCGAACGAGAGAAAGCACCGUCCUUCGCAACCGGAGCGAGCGUGUGCCGAACCGGGGAGUUGAGAGAACGGCAGAAGCCGUGAAUCUGUUGUUUUGCUUUCCCAGUGACCCCCGAGGAAAUGAGGUGGCAGUUGUGACAUCCUGCUAAAAUGGGCCACUGAAAUAUCAGAGUGGCACUUCUAGCCAAACCGGUUGGGCCGUCCGUCAGCUCCCGAGCUUGUAAUCGUGUUCCAAAGACAACGAGAGCUAGGAUUUGGAUCUGAGGGAAACAGCUACCUUGCUUCCAGCCUUUGAAAAGUCCCCGACAAGCCAUCCCAUGAGGAUAGAAAGGUCCGGCAGUGCUUUGCAGGUCCCAAGAAAGGCAGGAUGGGGGGGGGGGGGACGACGACAGACAUGACCCAUGAGGAACAACCGGCUCAUCCAAGGAAUUCAUACCAGUGGGCCUCAGAUUCCAACUGAAGCCGUGGGCGGGGAUGCUUUCUUGAUGUUCACAGCAGCCAAAGUGUUCUGUGCUGGCCUCAGUGAUCCCUGAAAGAACGUGUACCGCCUCCCCAGAUGUUGUCCUCUCCUGACGGCUGCCCCCCUUCCUCGCAGGCCUCUUUGUGAGCCCCAUAUUUUCCAUUUGAGCUCAGCGAAUCAUGCUCGCCAGCGAAGCUUGGGACCGUGAGUUCAACCGCUUCCCGAAACCUUCAUGAUUAAAGUUGAUUUGAAGAAGAGGUCUCCAAUGUUGCCUUCUGAGCUCCUGGUGGUAAAGGAGCAAGCCCAUUUUUUUUUGGGGGGGGGGGGGGGGUUUCCAAACUGCUGCUUAUUUAUUAUUUGACUGUUGUUGUCCUUGUGUGUAGCCUAUCUAGGAAACUCCAGAACAGUUUAGAUGUGUGUGUGGGGGGGUGUUUCCUAGCAGUCCAGCGAUUGAUCUGACCCACCCCGCACUUAGCUUCAAAAACGCUAGAGCAGCAGGUGCCCCGAAGCUGUUCUUCAGACCGGCCAUAAACAUGGUUUGAAAGAGAAGUAUGAAUGAAUGAGCAAGUGAGCGAAUUGGCCCACAACUGGGUUGUCAGUCAGCUUUUUGGUAUUUAGGAGCCCGGCAGCAGUGAAACAUGGUUCAGUUAACAAUUUAGGGUUAUUGGGACACCCGAACAAAUUUCAAGUCCAGGUCAACCUUGCAGUGGAACCUCGGUUUUCGUUGGUAAUCUGUCCGAAAAGAAUCGAUGAAAACCGAAACCGAUGAAAACCAAGGCCAACUUUUCCAUAGGAAUCAAUGUACAUCCAAUUAAUCUGUUCUAGG